AUGGGGGUUCCAGACGUCUGGGCAUACCAUAGAGCAGCCUUGCUGGCGCAAGCCAUCAACUUAAAUGCCCCCAAGGGAAUUCUUAACUGGAUAGACUUAGAACAACAACAAAUGCAUGGUGACAGCCUAUUAGCAUACAUGUGGACCCCUGCGUUACUUCGCGGCACACAACCACCGCUGUCCCUCACCACAUUAGCAUCAGUAUCAGCUUGGGAUGCCUUGCUAAAAGCUUGUGAGAGCACCGGGAAGUAUCACAAGCUGAGUCCUCUUGGGGCAUUGUCCACGGUCUCCCCGUGGCUCUCCCUGAAGCGCUGGGUGGCACAUGGAGUUACCAGCAUAUCCCAAUUUAUCUCGGGAGGCUCACUCAUACCGUUUGCCGAACUGCAACAGAAAUAUAAUCUGCCCUCCAAAUUCACAUUCUUAUAUCUACAAAUAAAAAGUGUACUUAUGAACCAUGUGGACUACACCAUAACCAACACUACUAGGGAGAUGACGGGAGUUGCUAAUUUAAUUGCUACAGGUUGGAACAGACCUCUAAAACCCAAGCUUCUCUCACUUUACUAUAAAUCACACUUUGACGACCGUGACAGGACUCAGUUCCCAUUUGCGGCGCAGUGGGAGAGGAAAACAGGGCAACAGACAUCGAUGGACCAAUGG